GGGUACGAAUUAAAGAUGGCGCCAGGGGCGCCGCGGGGAGGGGCGGAGAGCCGUGGGGGAGCCAUGAGGGCGCUACCAACUCCCUCCAGCGGGGGGGGAAAGCGCUCAAAGGGCGCUCCCCCCUCUAUUCCCCCUCCCAGUGGUGCGCCCCGAGAAGGCGGAGCGGAGCGCCCUUCCGCCAGGCCCUGCCCUCUUAAAGGGGAAUUGCGGCUGGGGGCGCGGUGGGCCCCGUCGCGGCGGGAUGAGCGGGGCGGUGGGCGCCGGCACCCCGGUGCGCCGCCUGCCUACGGGCUGCUGCAGCGCCUGGCCGCGUACAUCGACCCGCAGGACGGCUGGAGGAGGCUGGCCGCCGACAUCGUCGGCCCCUCGGGGGAGAGCAGAUACACCCAGCUGCACAUAAGGAGGUUCGAGGCGUUCGUGCAAAUGGGGAAGAGCCCCACGUGUGAGUUGCUCUAUGACUGGGGGACGACAAACUGCACGGUCGGUGAUCUCGUGGAGCUGCUGGUCAGGAAUCAGUUCCUGGCACCGGCAAGCCUUCUGCUUCCAGAAGCUGUAAAGGAGGCACAAGAAGUUACGUUACCUCUUUCUUCGCAGGAAACUUUGCCUAUACAUGAGAAACGUCUGCCUAUACAGGAAAAAGAAGUGGCAUCUGUAAAGCCUAGUCUAUCUGAGAAUACAGACGAGCAACCUUCAACUGCUUCCUACUUAAGUCAAGAAAACAACAGCUCACAGUCUAGUAACACGGAUUUCCACAAUUUUUGGUUUCAUGACUUGGAAAGUAUUACAAAUAAUUUCGAUGCACGACCAGAAUCAGCUGGAGGUAAUAAGCUGGGGGAAGGUGGCUUUGGUGUGGUGUUCAAAGGCUACAUCAAUGGCAGAAACGUGGCUGUCAAGAAACUUGCUGCUAUGGUUGAUAUUAGUGCUCAGGAUUUGAAACAGCAAUUUGAUCAAGAAAUAGAAAUGAUGGCAAAGUGUCAGCAUGAGAAUCUAGUGGAAUUGCUUGGUUUCUCGAGUGAUGGUGCUCAGCCCUGUCUGGUGUAUGAGUACAUGUCCAAUGGUUCAUUGCUUGACAGACUUGCUUGUCUGGAUGACACUCCACCAAUUUCUUGGGAUACGAGAUGUAAAAUUGCUCAAGGUACAGCAAAUGGCAUCAACUUUUUGCAUGACAAUAAUCAUAUUCACAGAGACAUUAAAAGUGCAAAUAUCUUAUUAACUGAUACAUAUGUGCCCAAAAUUUCUGACUUCGGACUUGCAAGAGCAUCUGUAACAUUUACACAAACCAUCAUGACUGAUAGAGUUGUUGGAACAGCAGCCUAUAUGGCACCUGAAGCUUUGCGAGGAGAAAUAACGCCUAAGUCCGAUAUCUUCAGUUUUGGAGUAGUCUUAUUAGAAAUAAUAACGGGUCUUCCACCAGUAGAUGAAAACCGGGAGCCACAGUUACUGUUAAGUAUCAAAGACGAAAUUGAGGAUGAGGAGGCAACUAUUGAGGAUUAUGUUGAUGUAAAGAUGCAUGACUGGGAUGCAACUUCAGUUCAUAAAAUGUAUUCCAUCGCUGAUCAGUGUCUGAAUGAGAAGAAAAACAGGAGGCCAAACAGUAAGAUGGUCCAGCAGCAUCUGCAAGAGAUAAAAGCUUGACAUAUGUUUCUUCUGAUACAUGUUUUCUAAAUGGAGCAGAGACCAGUAACAAACGCAGACUUUUAUCAGCAUUUACUGCGACAUUAUCAGCUUUUCUGCUUUCCAGAACUUUCUGGCCUGCAUAUAAGGUGUGCUGUUGGCUUGUCACCAUUGUGCUAUUUUUUAACUGAGCAGCAUUUCCACAUAUCUGUAGCCACUGGACCUUCAACAGAUCUUUAUUUUUUUAUUUUUGUUUUUGUAUUAACAAGUUUUAGUGCUGGUACAUCUUCUACACAGCUUUUUAAACAAAUAGAUUGUAAAACGGAAAUGUCUUUUGAUUUUUCAAGUAUGCCUUCAGCAAACACACGUGACAGUAGCAGGGUAGGAUGUCUUUCUGCCAAUCGCUUUCUUGAGUGAUCUACUAGACCUUUUUCUACUGAAGAGAAAAACAUUUAAUAGAUGUAAUUGGCACUUACACUGUCUUCUUGGGAAGACAAUAGUAGUACCCAUUUAAAACCAACUUCUUGUUUUGCAUUUUAGCUUGAGAGUUCAUAUUAGUGUGAAUACACUAGUAACGUUUGUGAAUGUGACUUUUUCAAAAAGUCUUCUCAGGAUUUGUUUUAUUCAAAUAAGUGUUGCUAUCUUCUAGGUUUCGAGGUUUUAUAAGUAAAACAAUUACAUUGCAAUGCAAACACAAAAAUAUGUAUAGCUUUCUUCUGGUGAACUCGGUGUGAGGACAAACGGUUUAAUCUUUCUUCAUAGGAAGAAUCACAAUUGCUUUUAGUAUUUUACGUUUUAGAAUAAGAUUCUAUAUGAGAUAUUGCAAAUACAAAUGGUUUAUUUUGUUAAAAGAGACCAAUAAAUGUUGUUAGGACCAAUUCUGCCCUCUCCUUAGCUAAAUAAUUAAGCUCUUACUUAUAUGUAUGGAUAUUAAUAAAUAUUAAAAUAUACAUUUAAAGGCAUGGAAAGCUUUCUGAAGUAGAAAGAUCGACAGAUCAAAGAAGAUGAUUAACUUCAUUCCAUUUUUAAUGAGAUCCUAGAUACUUUGGACUACCUUUGUAAAUGUAAAAGGUUAGUUUCAUAUAAACCUUUUCUUGUACUUCAAACUUUUUCUUGACAGCCUAGGGAUAAGAAAAUAGAUUGGUGUACAGCUAAACUAAGAUCUAUGAUUAUGGAAAAAAAAAUUAACAGAAAAGGAUCUGACUGCAUUUAGGGGCACGUAUCGUUGUAGGAGGCAUAUGAUUUCUAUCUAGCACUUGUAUUUAUAACAUUAGAACUCUGGCUAUUAAGUUAUUCUGUAUUUCCCUUUCAAAAUGAUAGAUUAACCUAGAAAACAGUAUCCACUUAAAUCAUUUCUAGUUUUAUUGAAUAUAAACAUUAAAAACUGUUUAACAUAAAUAAAAACUCUGCAUUAUGACUGUAGAUGCUUAUUCCAGCUCUUAAAACCUUUAGUCUUGGAAACAACUGGCAUUUUAUGUUGCUUGUGUCUGAUAAUAGCAUUAUGUUAACCUUACUGCAGGGAAUAAAGCUGUACUGCUUUGGACCAGGGAUAGUGGAGGGAGAAAAAACCCACCCUGCUAUAAACUGAAAUGAGAAUAAAAUGCAUUUAAGUCAUUCUCUAAACAACUCUUCCAGCUGUUGCUUGAAGGCUUCCUUUUAGAUCAUUUCUGUGUUUUACCGUUCCCUGGAGCUCACACAUCUAUAUUGUUGCCCUGAAGCGGGUUCCUUGUCUCCCUGAUGAGUGCUAUUCACAGCUAGUAUUGUAGAACAACUUUGUUCAUGUAUCAGAUCUGAUGUUCCAGGUGCAAGGAGCAUUGUUAUCGCAGGUUCUUCCAUCAUCGUGGACCUGUGAGCUGCCUCUUUGGGCUGCCUGUUAGCACCUAUGUUUUGCUGGUAGUUCUGAAAAUGAAGCACAUUUGCUACACCUUCAGUUAAAAAAUAAAUUAUAAAAAUUGAGCUCUUUUCGUAGCAUCCUAGUGAGGAAUGAAGAUGUGUUAAAUAAAGGUAGCUAGCUUAUGUGUUUUUUGUGUUUCUAAUAUACACAAGUUGCAAGGAGGGGACCCAAGCUUUUUUUUUUUAAGAUCUGCAGAUACUAAAAGCAGCACCUAUAGCCACUGACAGAGGCCAAUAGUAGCUGACUUCCGCUUCAUUUAUUCCCUGCAAAAAGCAUUAAACUAUCCUAGGGUGCAUCCUUUACGUUAAUUACUAUAGUAAAGCUUUCUGUGACAGAAGUCGGUAACUUGGUCAUUCAUGUUCUUGGUGAAUAAAGGAAGGAUGGAGCUGGAGGUGAGAGAAAACUUGGUACAGCUGCUAGUAGCUGGAGAGCACUUUUUUUUUUGACCCUUCACACCUUCUGUCAGUAAUAGUAUUUCAUAUUCUUGCUGAAAUGUGAAGAAUUGCUGCACCUUUGCAUUUAAGAUGGCCAGCAAAGAGUUGUGUUAAACAACCCCUCAACAUAAGGCAAAUAAAGAGGCUUCUGUUCAAGAUGUCUGUGAUACUCAUGCUCACAUACAGCAUACCUCCUUCCUCUCUUACCCAUGCCUCUUCUAGGAACAGCUGUCCUUUUGUACAGCAUUUUGCAUUAAAAUUAUUCUUGUAAACUGUAGUUCAAAACAUCCACAACUUUCCUUCUUCCACCUGCCAAACUACCACAUCCUCCCUUUUCCCCAUGGGGAUGUGUUGGCAGGAUAUUUAAAAGAAAAGCCAAACCACUAACUUUACGAAGUCUACAAGCAGACUAGUUUUGGCAGUUUAGACAAACAUUUAUGAAACAUCACCCUUUGAUUAUUUAAUUUUACUACCUCAUGCUGAACAAUUAACAGCAGCUUGAACUAUUAUAUUACUAAUCAUCUACUUCAGCAUUUUAGAAGAAAGAAGUUUUUGAAGCAGUUUGUUGUUGGAAGCAUAAAAACCCUCAAGAGUUAAACACAUUUGGAUCCCGCUAUGAAGGCUUCCAUGCUGCUUCCAUAAAGCAACAGGAAAGUAGCAGUAUAACAGAGCAUAUAAUGAAUUCUUCAGUAGCAAGCAUCAGAAACUUUGCUCCUGCCCACCUCUGUUCUUACCCUGCAGUCACUUUUUCUAUACUGCUUUCUAAUCCUGCAGGACCUGCCUGUUACUUACACACGGUGAUGAUAAAAUACGUAUCUUUGUAAAAGGCAGACUAUGAAAUGAUUCAGACGACACUGAACUAAAGCAUCAAUCUUUAUUUAUAAAGUAGAUUACAAAAUAGAUAAAGUUAAUUUUAGCAUCUGAAGGUGGUUUUCAUUGAAUACAUAGACAGCAUAAAUCAAGUUUCCUUUAUUGAUGUGUUUAUUCAACUAUCAAACCAAUUAUUACCUUGGCUAGUUUCAUAACCCCCUCACAGGAGGUUUUAAGACCAAAUUGUCCCUACUUUGCAACACAGACACUUCAAAAAUAAUUAUAUGUCAUGUUAAUUUACAACAAUUAAAUAGCUUGUGAUUUAAAUGCAAGCAGCUGCAUUGCUUUUGGGCUUUCUGAAGGCCAACAAUAGUUUUAAAUGGACACUUUCAAUAUUAAAUUACCAGAGGACAGUUUAAGAAAUAACUUUUUUUAAUGCCCUCGUAGUGUGCUGGCUCUGAACGUGUCUUACAGUAGUAGUGUUAUGGGAGGCAACUACACAGAUGUAAACACGAUAGAUCUUACAAAAAGAUCAGAAAAGUUUCUUAUUGCUGUGUCAGGAGAAUAGCUACAAGAGGCCUGAAGAGGCAGUUGGCAGUGCAAGACUUGGUGUAAUUUAAAGAGAAUUGUCUGUUGGAGCAGGCUUUCUCUUUCAGGGAAAAAAGUGAGAGGGAAAUACGCUCAGGACAUUACUCUGCUGGCUGGUCAAGUGUUUGUACACCCACAUGAAAUAUUUUAAAGUAAAAUAACUUAAAUGUCUGGUUUGGGCUGAACUCCACAGCAGCUCGUUGUAAGCUCCCUCACAUAAUCACUUAACCAGCUCUGGCCAUCCUCCAGAUUAGCUUUCUACUUUCUAUCCUCAUCUACCUAGGGCAGGAUUAGGAAAGAGAAAAAAAACAACCAACAAAGCAAAAAACAACAGCAACAACAAAAACAAAACAUGCAUAUAUAACCACAACUGGUCAAACUGUUCAUUAUUUAGAACAGUUCAUAUUAAAAGCUGAACUUCUUUACUGACUCAAAUGAGUGUAAAAAAAAUGUAUGUGCACUCUUGGCAUGGUUGACACAUGGGCAGGAAUAUUAAAUUCAAACAAAAAGCCCUCUUGCAGUCAUUUUUAACUGCUACAAGUCAAAUGUUUACCUUAAAAAAAAAAAAGGUGCCGAAAUGAUUCAGACUUCAAAUAAAAAAAACAAAACA